UCCUCAACUGCUAGAGCCACUCCUCUAAGAUUUCAUUAGUAUAACGCCAUCAGAUAUCUUGAAGUGUACCAGCUUCAUUUUUGCAAGAAAAUGUAUUUUCUCACAAUUCUGCUGUUUUCCUACUUUCAAGUCUCUCAGCAGAUUCAGAAUGCAACUGCAGAUGGCAGAGAGAUACUUUCCAACCCCAUUCUCACACCAGUUCAGGGCACUUUGGAAGUAAUGUUGAACCAGAACGUGAGCCUCUCCUGUCACUCAGAUUCUGGUUCUCCACCUCUCAAAUACACACUGUUUAAAGCCAGUCAGAAGGUAUCCACUUUAAAUAAGACAGACUUGAUGCCAGCAUUGUUCAACUUGACUAUCAACUCUGCCAGUGAUGUGGGUGAAUACAAGUGCAAAGUUGAGAAUGAAAUCCAUGGUGGAAAAUACAGCACAAGUCUCAAUUUCAUGCUUAAAGAGCCACUUUCCAAACCAGUGCUGCACUCACCCACCUCUCAAGUAAAGAAAGGCCAAAAUGCAACCCUGUCUUGUCUCUCAGAGAAAGGGAAUCUUCCUAUCACAUACACUUUCUUCAAAGGCAAACAGAGCAUAUCUCGACCAGUGAAGAUGCAGAAGAAGGAAGCAGCUGUUACUUUUGUACUUAUCAAUUCCUGUAGCGACUUAGGAACCUAUAAAUGCAGAGCUCAAAAUAACUUUCACAAUACUACAAAAUACAGCAACAGUUUCAACUUUAUAUUAGCAGAGGAGAGUUGUGAUUCUCAACCCUGGAUCAUUUUUCUUGGGCUAAUCUUACUAGCGUUUGUGAUAGGAUUUGCGCUGGCAAUUCGAUUUUUCAUCAUUCCUUCAUGUAAAACAGAAAAAUCUACAUCUGCUGUGUCCUCAACAGGCCUUCCUUUAACGGAUAAAGUAGAAGAGUCAGAAAAUUACGUCACAUACACAGAGAUUAAGCCGAUUCAAAAACGGGAAUGUGCAGUAUUUUCUGUUAGUAGAAGAGAAGAUGAAAAAGAGAAGAGGGAAAGUCCUACAAUCUAUUCACAGGUAGUCGUAAGAGAUGGUAUACAAGCUGGACCACUCCAUUCUCUAGAGUAGCAUCAUUUAUCAAGACCAUGAAGAGAACACUCAUCUCAUCGUAUCUGCAAAGAAAAGACCACACCUAUUACCACUUUUGAUGUAUGAAAUAAAGAACUGAUUAAGUUAUGUACAAAUGAUGACAAGCUGCAAAUAUAUUUUUUUUGCUACAGUGCACCAAGUUUUGUGAAGACACCCAUUUUCUUAAUGACAUUCCUUGCUUUCCUAAUUAUAUUUCUUUAAAUUAUUAGGUCACUUUAGUACAUAAAGUAAAUGUUAGUUUUGUAUUACAAGAGUAUUUUCUGUAGAAGCAGAGUAUAACUUUCUUCUGUUAUCUAAUAAACAGACGAUGUAGACUACUGCUCA